AUGGUCAACUACCCGGAUUUCGACUCGCUGCCACCAGUCGAGGGCCAGCCUCAGGGAAAUGCCUGGGGGUUUUGGGGCAAAGGCGAUGAGUUGGGAACAUUGAAUCUUUUGACCCCGGAGGUCAUUCGGAACGCUUCUCAAGAGAUUAAGAUUGGAAAGUCCGUUCAGCUGGAUUUGCGACUCGACCACUUCGACCAUGGAAUUGCGGGCCGAGAGAGGUUUGAACAGACCAUUGUGGAUUUCCAAGAGAGAAAUAAGGGUGGUGAAUAUGAAAUCGUCGCUCAUGACGACGUGGUCAGAUUCAACACCCAAAGCAGUUCUCAAUGGGACGGUCUCCGUCAUGUCGGGCUGCAGAGUUCUGGCGUCUACUACGGUGGAAUGAAACAUCGGGAGAUUGAUGAGGGCGGCACGGGCAAACUUGGCAUUCAAAGUGAGUAUACGGAUCCGCCUGUGCGCCCUUUUCAGACUAACCAACCGGGAAACAUUGCAGACUGGGUUGAAAAUGGAGGCAUCGUGGGCAGAGGGAUCCUGCUGGACUACCACAGAUGGCGAGAAGACACGGGCAAAGAACCAGCAAAGAUUGAUUCUCCAUUCCCGAUGACGGUGGACGAGCUCGACGAAGUCGCCAGAUAUCAGAAUCUGGAGCUGAAAACGGGCGAUAUUUUGAUCAUCCGCUCUGGGUUCACGGCGUGGCAUGAUUCCACCCCUUCUGCUGAGCGAGCAAAGUCCUUAGACAGGGGCGAGUUCAUUGGGGUGGAGGCGUCAAUGAAGUCUGUCAAAUGGCUGUGGAAUCACCAUUUUGCUGCCGUUGCCGGAGACUCACUCGGAUUCGAGGUUUGCCCGGCACCUUUCGGGAACAAAGACAAAGUAUGUCUUCACGAGUGGUUGUUGACUCACUGGGGUUGUCCGAUCGGCGAGCUGUGGAAUCUGGAGAAACUGUCCAAGGCCUGUGCGGAGGCCAAACAAUGGUCCUUCUUUUUCACGAGCGCUCCUCUCCAUGUGUUUGGCGGUGUCGGGACGACUCCAAACGCGAUAGCUAUCUUGUAG